AUGCCCCCAUACGGAUCACUACACUCUCCUUCAUUAAAGAAAAACAACAUGUUGGAAGCUCGAAAAGGAGGUCGAAUUGAUUUUGGCUACAUUGUUGGCGAUCCUUUUGCGUUGGCUACGAUCUCCAUUGGUUUGCUUGCUUGGUUGAUUGCGUUUAUCGGAUCCAUCAUCGCCAAUAUCCAAGACCCUUUCCCCAAAUAUGCCUGGUGGACGGUUGCAUACAUGCUGUGCUGUAUUGUCGGCAUUACGAUAGUCUUUGCUACAAACUCCACAAGCACAUACAGCCUCGCGAUUGUUGGAUACCUCGCGGCAGGACUUGUCAUGACAACAUCUGCAGUCAAUUCCCUCGUCUACCAGCCACAGGGCGCCAUGGAAGCCGCUGCUGCUGGCCACAUUUUGCUCUCUAUGGUUGCGAUCAUUUGGAUUUUCUACUUCGGUUCAACACCUGCGGCAGCCCAUCGCGAGUUUAUUGACCAAUUUGCCCUGCACAAAGAACGCCAGUCCUUCCGAGGACCCCCACAAAGUAUGACCAAUGUUUAUGAUCGCCCACAGACAACUGCUUCUGCUCAACCUCCUCAAAUGUACACAUCGGCGCAACUGAGCGGGUUUGAGACAUCUUCUCCUGUUUCAGGCUACCCAGGCGGACCUGCAGGUGCAGCGGCCCGGGCCUCUGCACAACCGGCAGUCAACACCAGCGGCGCCCCCGCCCCAGUUCAAGAAGUCAGUCCACCCACCGAAUAUCCAUACCGCGCCAAAGCCAUCUACAGUUAUGAGGCCAAUCCAGACGAUGCGAAUGAGAUCAGCUUCAGCAAACACGAGAUUCUGGAAGUGUCUGAUGUAAGCGGCCGGUGGUGGCAGGCCAAGAAAGAAAAUGGCGAAACGGGUAUCGCACCGAGCAACUACUUGAUCCUAUUAUGA